AUGGAGGUUUCGUACGACGAUGUGAUGUCGCCAUUUCAGCAGAACAAGAGCAUGCAUGAGAUCGGCUAUCAAGCAAUGACUGACUCUGUCAGAACACAGCUCGUUGCGCGAGGGACCAAGUACGAACAAUUGGCCACAGGACAACGCUACAUCGCAUGCAAACAAGGUAGGCAUAAGGUAGGCAUUAAGCUGCGAGGAGAUGGACGGGCUAUGCUGGACACCACCAAGGGAUUCAACAGCAAACACAAUUCUUCCACUGGGG